GCAUAACCUAGCAUUUCUUGGCUAGCAGGGAGGAAAGGUGGGCAACCCCUUCAAAGCCCAUUCCUUCUAUAUUUAUAUGAGUACAAUUCAUUGGCACAAUAUAGUUUCUCACACAAUAUGUCCCCCUUUAACAAGUAGGAGCUGCCACACUGCUUGCUCUGUACAGUAACAUGUCCCAUGUAGAAGUUACUGAGUCUGCACUGUCCCAAAGGCAAAAGCAUUAAGUAACUGAAAUAUAUUGUAACCCUGUCUGUAACCUGGCAGCUACCCAGCAUGCACUGCUCUCAGCCACUCACUCACUGUCAGUUCUAUUCAGUAACAAGUAGAAAGCAGUAAAACUCUGCAGGCAGAUCCACUGAGCUCUGUAAUCCCAUUUCCCUUUAUUCUGGUGCCCACAUGCGGCUGCUCCUGCACUGCCAGCUCUCCUGAUCUGCAUCUGCCCACCAGCAAUAUGGCCGCCUCUCUGGGGCAGGGACAACUCUGAGAGGGAAGCCAUUGUUUGAUUGGUCUGAAACCGAACCAGCUCAUUGGCUAAAGGGCGGAGCUGCCUUCCCAGGGGGAGGGGUGAGAGAUCUUUGUGCUUCUCUCUGUACCCAGACCGGAUAGAGGGAAAGGCUGAACCCUUCCUGUAACUGCCUUAUUCUGUGUCCCUGGGCUGCUGGGGGGGUACAUGAAGGCGGAACCCAAUUUAGACUCUGCUGAACUGCCCAAACCAGAGACUGACUCGGAGUCCGGCACAAGAGAUGGCGAUUGCUUAACAAGCUCUGAUGGAUCAGGUUUUAUCUGCUAUAAGUGUGGGGAAACCUUCACUGUGAAUAGCCAUCUUCUCGCCCACCUCUGUGGGAAACAACUGAGAAGCUACUCCAGAGAGAAACUAUACAGCUGUACAGAGUGUGGGAAAAGAUUCUCUUUAUUACCGAGUUUGGUUACACACAUAAGAAUCCACGCAGGGGAGAAACCAUUCACCUGUACAGAAUGUGGGAAAAAAUUCACUCUAAAGAGCUCCCUUCACAAACAUGAAAUGAGUCACAGAGGGGAGAAACCUUUUAAAUGUACAGAAUGUGGAAAAAGUUAUACUGAAAAGCACGCACUUCAUGUACAUGAAAGAAUUCACACCGGGGAGAAACCAUUCACCUGUACAGAAUGUGGGAAAAAAUUCACUCUGAAGAGCUCCCUUCACAAACAUGAAAUGAGUCACAGAGGGGAGAAACCAUUUGCAUGUACAGAAUGCGGAAAAGGUUAUACUGAAAAGCGCGGCCUUCUUGUUCAUGAAAGAAUUCACAAUGGGGAGAAACCAUUCACCUGUACAAAAUGUGGGGAAACUUUUUCUGAAAAGAGAAAACUCAAGAGGCAUGAAAUAAAUCACAAAUACAAGCCCUAUGCAUGUAGUGAAUGUGGUAAAAAUUAUUCUGACAUGGAAAAGCUUUGCAGGCACCAAGCAAUUCAUAUAGAUGAUAAAGUUUUUAAAUGUAAAGUAUGUGAAAAAGGCUUUUCUCGCAAGGGCCAUCUUAAAAUUCAUGAAAGAAUCCACACAGGGGAGAGACCAUACACUUGUGCAGAAUGUGGCAAAUGUUUUAUUCGCAAGAGCCAUCUUAAAAUCCAUGAAAGAAUUCACACAGGGGAGAGACCAUACACCUGUACGGAAUGUGGCAAAUGUUUUAAUAAAAAAAACAUUCUUCAAAAACAUCAACGGACUCACACUGGAGAGAAACCAUUCACCUGUGCAGAAUGUGGGAAAAGUUUCGCUGUAAAGCGCAGCCUUCUCGUACAUGAAAGAAUCCACACCGGGGAGAAACCAUGUAUCUGUACAGAAUGUGGGAAAAGUUUUUCUGAAAAGAGCACCCUUAAUCGCCACCAAAAAAUCCACACCGGAGAGAAACCAUACGCAUGUACAGAAUGUGAGAAAUGUUUUACAGAUAAGGGCGGCCUUCGUAUACAUGAGAGAACUCACACUGGAGAGAAACCAUUCACCUGUACAGAAUGUGGGAAAGGUUUUUCAGAUAAGGGCAGCCUUCGUACACAUUUGAGAAUUCACACUGGGGUGAAACCAUUCACCUGUAAAGAAUGUGGGAAAAAAUUCACUGUAAAGCGCGCACUUCUCAAACAUGAACGAACCCAUACCAGGGGGAAACCAUGUGCCCGUAUGUCAUGCCAGAAUUGAAUUUCCCUGGCAUGUCCGGAGUUAAACUUGGCAGCAUUUGGCUCUGUGUGUCCACACAGAGACCCUUAAUUAAUUAAAUAUGCAAAAGGGACUGUGGGAAGGCGACAAACUUAUCUGGGUUAAGCAGACAAUUCAGAGACAGCCAUUUGGGGCAGGGAAGGUUUCUUUGAUCUGUUGAUAAAGAGAGGCAAUUGUGCACUUAAGAACAGCAGGGGGCGCAGCUAGGAAAAAAAUAUGGAUUAUAGAAAGGGAUCCAUAUCUCCUUUGCUUUAGGGGUCACAUCCUCAUAAAUCACAUAUUGGUAAUGGGGAGGCCCCCUGCUUCCCAAUGAUACCAAACAGGGACUGCCUAUACCCACCAGUUAGGGGGAUAGUUUCUGGGGGGGCCGGGACAGGAGACCCCCCUCAUGUUUGGUAUCAUUCUGAUCCCCCACAUAUGGGUUAAAGCAAGCCCCUACUUUCAUAAUAAUAUUUGGUACCGGCAAGUGCUAAUAUUAUAUGACAUAAACUGGCCUCAGAAUUGCCGGGGUGAUAAAAGGGCAACAGACCCAGGUUCUCUUUAGCUUAUACUUGAGGCUCCAAUUCUGUUGGUGGGGGGGCUCAGGUUUUCAAACUCUUGGCUCAUAGGGUUUCUCUGUGUUUUAUUUCCUUUUAUUUACUGUUUGUAUGUGUAUGUCUCUUUUUGUAACAUCUUUUCAAAAUGCACUGUUUACCCCUGUAAUAAAUAUAAAAUUUAAUU